UUGUGGAUACCGCGGCCUCUCUAUAAUAAUCGACACUUAUUGGCGUUUGUCACUGUCGGAUUACGGACACUUACAUAGUUGCUGCACUCGACAGAUCGUUAUCAAUCUGCAACCAGAUCACGCAUCGUAAAACCUGGUCCAAUAUCUUAGCCGGGUUUGUUAUGCUAUUCUCCACAAUCUACCCACUCAGGCAUUGCCGGUUGGCCGCAUUCCAAAGGUCCAUAGGUCACCGGUGCUAGGAUCGUGCCAGGAUAUCGACGCGCCCCAUCGUAAUCCGAUCCUCUUCCCCCCCACCAUCGCCUAUUGAUAUUCCAUCUUUUGGUGAAAUAGGUAGUCAAAUUAUGAGUUUAGUCAAUUGACUGAUCACGCAGACCGGACUGCUGUUUGAAGCCGUCUUUUUCGUUUGUCGCCCGUCAUGGCUGCAACUGCUCAGAAGCUUCCGUCCUCGGACCUAGCUAAAAGUCCAGACGAAACUGUGCCUGAACUAAGAGAAGCCGACUACUUAACUCAGGUCCUUCAGCUUUCGUCCGAAAAGACCGAGGCUUACCUCAACGAACUAAUCAUGAAGGCUACAACCUUGGGUAUUACUAUCUCUUGGCCGUCGAGUGCUGUCUCGAUAAGAAACAAACGAAACCCUUCUGGCGCCAAAUCGAGCAUCACCAUAGAUACAAAUCAUGCCCGCACUACGUCUACGGGAUCAGAGGGCUCUGCGAGCACGGCUCUUACUUCACAUUCCUCAACUAACGGUUAUCCCGAGACCACGGGGCGGAGUAUCGCAAGGAAGCGAUCGAAGGCUCUCACGUUUGCUCAAUAUGAGAAUUAUCUCGCCCAAGCUGAUCCGAAUCUCAAACAGCCUAAAUUCAUAUCACCCUCACCAACAGAAUCCGAAUCAACGCCAAGCAUUUUCAGUGCUAGAACGAACAAGAGUUACCUGAGUUUUAGAAGAGGGCUUUCUAAAUUACGCCGUAGACGAAAGACUCCGUCUUCUCUCGGACAUAUCGUCAUGUCAUGUAGUGCGUGUCGAGAAGAUCUCCAAGUCGAUCAGCCCCUCCUGAGGUUACCAUGUGGACAUAGUUAUUGUUCGAGGUGUUUGAAGAUCAUGAUCAAUCAGGCAACAACUGACGAGUCUAAAAUGCCACCGCGUUGCUGCACCCAACCAAUACCAAGUCCAAUAAUUAAAUCUGUAUUGUCCCGCGAAGAACAACAUAGGUUCCUGAAAGCCGUGGUACAAUUUAGCACGCCCUGGGAAUCGAGAAUAUUCUGCUCCAACCCGGCCUGCGGCGAAUUCAUACCGCCGCGGACCAGGGUCGACCCCAAAUAUCCGUCCCAAGCUAUCUGUCGAAAAUGCAAAACGCGAAUUUGCGUUAUGUGUAAGAGGGAUGCUCACCCCAUAGGCCAAGAUUGUCCGGACGAUUGGGAAUUAGAUGCCGUCUUGAAAAUGGGAGAGAAGUCAGGCUGGAGAAGGUGUUACAAGUGUAGGUCACUUGUUGAGCUCACCCAAGGCUGUACACACAUGACUUGCCGAUGUCGAGCCCAGUUCUGCUACAUCUGCGGCGCAGUUUGGGAUCACAUGGUGGGUUGUCCUAACUUCUGCAAUGGUGAGGCUGUGAUGGAGGAUCGGCGCCGCGAGGAAGAAGCUCGGGCGGCAAAACUCGCAGAUGAAGAGGCAGCUAAGCAAGAAGCUGCAGCAAAGGAAACAGCAGAGAUGCUCGAAGCAGUGAGACGUAGCCACAACUGCGAAGAAUUCAAAGCAUUGCGAGAGGAGCAAGUAAAGGAGAUGGAGAGAUUCCACGCUUUCAAUAGGAGAUCGAAAUGGCUCAUGUGGACCAGACAUGCGCACGCAAAGCUCGCUCUCGUAGAGAAACACUCAGCGGCUAUCGAGAGGAUGAAGGAGCGACACGGUAAGACGGCGGCUAAUCUUGAAGAUCGUCAAGUUGCUGCAGAGAUGGAACUGCGCUCAACAUUAGAACAGAGCGAGAGGAACGUGCGGAUUCGGCUCAAGCAUAUGGAAGCAUAUUGUGAUGGUCUCGGCAAGAAUCCGGGGGGAGGCAUGCCUUCCCGAAUUGUGACGGAACGGGAUCUAAGAGAACUCGGGCAGCAGUACAACGUUGAAAAGAACAUGAAGCAACUUCAUCAGGCCAAAAUCAACGUCAUGCGGGACAGACAAGCUAAAGCUCUCGAAGAAUUACUCGAAAGGCAAGAAUCGGAAAUGGGCAAACUAAUCGAGAAGAAUAGGAAAGAACUGGAGAGCCUCGAAUCUGAUUUUUCAGAUGAGGAAGAUGCUUUGACGACAGCAAUGAGCCAGCGCAGGGCAGCACUUCAGAAACGAUGGGAGCUCGAAAUGGAAGUGAUGCGUAAGGAGCUAGAGAACGAUAGAGGACUGAGUUACGCCUCGAUGAGCCCUCCCGAAUGGCUGUACGACGAAGAACCGUCGGAGGAUGCCCUCCAUGCCGUAGACGAAUAGUGUGCCUUGGUGGACAUACCGCCAAAUACUUGCAUAUUCAACAAAUACUCCUUUACAUGCCACAUAUUGUGUGGAAUCUUGAUCCCACGACUGCACACGUCAUUGGCAUCUUCGCUUGCUCUCCUCUUUGUGGUUGUAUAGGGCUUGGGUGUUUAUAUGCUCAGAAACGUGGUGGAAGAUGAAUUCUACAAGUUUGCAACCUUGCACGGCAUCAGAAUAGGAGCUACAUAAGGUACAAAGUAUUGGAAUUAGCAAUUUCCUUCAUUGGGAUAUACCCGGCAAUAAGUCAUUAUGGAGAAUAAUAUGUUUGAUUGGAAAUGGUGUUAAUAUUUAGGCACAGUACCCGAUAAGAAGACUGUCAUAAUAAGACCAUUUACUAGCAUAAUAUAAACAUUAGCUAUGAACUGACAAGUACUACUGCUGAACACUGAAAUCUAUGGUAGUCGGGAGGUUGGCAUUGGGUGAUGUUCACG